CUGCAUGGUAACAGACCCGUUUUAUUAAUUGGCAGUUGGCCUGUGACGCAACGCCUCGUCUCCAAAUCUUCGCCCUUUUCCGUUACUUCUCGCGUCUCCAGAGCCGCCGAUGCUGCUGCUUAUGUCACAGCAGCAGCAGCAUCAGUCGAUGUCUCAGUCUGUCCGGUCGAGCCGAGCACGAGGAUGAAGGUGGCGAACGUCAUUCAGACUCUCUUACAGUCCAUUUGAUCAAGAAAAAACAGGUCUCUCGCCGACGAAGCCGGCCCUGCAAUGGAAGGACAUGUUUUUCCCGACCAGGAGCAGCUGCUGCAGUUUCUGAGGAGGCUUAAGGAGGUUUUCGACGUGUGUGACGAGGAUGCUGACGGCUUCAUACGGGUGGAGCACUUGGUGGACCUCGGUCUUCAGUUCGGUCAAGGAGACGAGGUGAAGGCAUUGACCAGGUACCUGGAUCCAAAUGCUCAUGGGAAAAUCAACUUCAAAGACUUUUGUCACGGAGUGUUUGCUAUCAAAGGUUGUGAGGAGAUACUGAAGAUGGCUGUGGGUCCUCGCAGUGCAACCUCCAACCAGCCGUCUGUUACUGACAAUGGUUACAUUUACCAGAACGGUGAGGCGAGGCAGAGCCCUCCGAUUAUCAUGUGUACCCGGUCCUACCCAGAAUGCAAUGUGUACAGUGAGGGUUGUGGUGCUGAUGGGGAGUGCGACAUGGACAGCAGCACUGAAAACACAAACAGCUCUGACUCUUUGGACCCAACAAGGAAAGACAGGGAGGAGCAGUUUGAGGACUAUGGUGAGGGGGAGGAUGUGGAGUUCAUUCCCAGCAGCCCUUGCCCUGAAGAUGACAACCGAACAAAUGGCUUCUCUGACCUGGGGUCCUCACUUCCCUCUAGUGCAGGGCAGACGCCUCAGAAGAUGCGGCAGCUUUAUAACAGCGAGCUCCUGGACAUCUACUGUUCUCAGUGCUGCAAGAAAGUGAAUCUACUGAAUGACCUGGAGGCUCGACUUCGAAACCUCAAGGCCAACAGCCCUAACAGAAAGAUUUCCAGCACAGCAUUUGGACGUCAGCUGUUCCAGGCCAACCACAGCGUGUUUGGGUCGAGUCAGGGCAGCAGCACCGAGGAUCUGUUCACAGACAGCAUCGACUCCUGUGACCUCGACAUCACAGAGAAAGUCAGCUAUCUGGAGAAGAAGGUGACAGAGUUGGAAAGCGACAGUCUGGCCAAUGGUGACCUCAAGUCUAAACUCAAACAGGAAAACACACAACUAGUCCACAGGGUCCAUGAGCUGGAGGAGCAGGUGAAGGAUGCAGAGACGAGGGCGGAUCAGAGUCUGGAAGAGGAGACCAAGAGGCACCGGGAGGUUUACACUAAGAUGGAGAGAGACAGAAACACAGAGAUGGACCAGCUCUGUACCAGGGUACAGCAAUUAGAAGAAGAAAAUGGAGAGAUGAAGAUAAACGUGUGCAGACUCAAGUCUCAGACAGAGAAACUGGACCAGGAGAAGCAGAGGAUGACAGACAAGCUGGAGGACACUAGUCUGAGGCUGAAAGAUGAGAUGGACCUCUACAGGAAGAUAAUGGACAAGCUCUGGCAAAACCGCCAUGAGUUUCAGAAGGAGAAGGAGGCCAUGCAGGAGCUGAUUGAUGAUCUGCGCCGAGAGCUGGAGUAUCUGCAGUUGUUCAAGCUGGAGAUGGAGCAUCCUGGGAAGGGCAAGGGGCUAUCUGAGUACAACGCCAAGACCAGAGAGAUUGAAAUGGAACAUGAAGUCAGGAGACUGAAACAGGAGAACCAUAAGCUUCGGGAUCAGAAUGACGACCUGAACGCUCAGAUUCUCAGCCUGAGUUUGUACGAGGCUAAGAACCUGUUUGCCUGUCACACCAAGGCCCAGUGCCUGGCAGCCGAGAUCGACAACGCAUCCAGAGACGAGCUGGUCGAUGCUCUGAAGGAGCAGGAGGAGAUCAACCUGCGUCUGAGGCAGUACAUGGACAAAAUCAUUCUGGCCAUUCUGGACCACAACCCAUCUAUUCUGGAGAUCAAAAGUUAAACACACAACACACACACACACACACACACACACACACACACACACAAACACACACACACUCACACACACACACACACACACAUCUACUAUUUAUUUACAUCAGUGGUUUCCAACCUUUUUUGUCUUAUAUAUACUAGAGCUGUUAUUACCCCCUCACUCACUUUUAGUAUCUAAUACAACUGAAUAUUGAAUGAAAAUAGUAAAUAAUCUUCAGACUCCCACAAGAGUAACCUGGCUCCACAUUCAGCCUGUUCCUCUGCUUGGUUUUGUUGUGAGUCAAAGCUGAGAAGCUAGUUCACACAUACAAGUAGAUCCAAAAGGCAAAAUUGCAUUCACUUUAUGUUUGUCUGCAAUUUACAGAUGUCCCCUAAACACCUCACAUGCAGACUAUCGGUAGACGCAACAAUUUACAGAUGUCCCCUAAAGGCCUCACAUGUAGGCAAUGGGUAGAUGCUAACUACAGCACACAUCAUCAGGGGCCCCAUUUAGGGGCAGCAGCAGGGCACUGUAUAGAGUCUUUACAGGAGGUUUAAGGGGGUUUAUAGGCCCUGCUCAGACCUGGUAUUAGAGAGAGAGAGAGAGAGAGAGGGAGAGAGAUAAAGAGUGGGGUUGAGCGAAUUAAUGUGCAGCGCACAGGUCUAAUAAUGAAAUUAAGUUUUAUCCAUUUGAAAUAGUGAAAUAUUUGCUGUUCAUUAUAAAGUGUGUCGGACUAAUCAGUCUGUGACAGAGGACGUCAGUAGAGUAGCUGCUCCUUCACUGUGACCCAGGACACAUUUGCAUUCACACUGCUAAAAGAAUGUGGCCACAUGUGGACCAGACUUCCUCUGAAUGUGGUCUGAGUGAUCGGAUCCUAAAUGCUCUUGGGUGCGUUCACACCUGAACUUAGAGCUUGUGAUUGGAUCACCUGAGGCAGAUGUUAAUACCAGGUCUGAACAGGCUCAUAGUUGUCAUUGCAACAUGGCAAUAUGAGUGGCCAUCAGGGGCCCCUGUCUCCCUUGGAGGCCCCAAACAUUUGCCUGGUCUGCCUCAUCUGGUGGAGGUACUGGUUGAAAUCAGUGUUGAGUUUGGACAAAUGUACUUUCAGCAUUUUCACCACAGGACCUCUGUCAACAUCAGUGGAACAGCUCACAUCUCCAUCCUCACAUUUCUUCUCCCAUAGUCUGACCUCCCUCAUGAAUCCAUUCACUUUAUUAUACAUGCUAAAUAUAUGUAAGUCCUGGCCUUCAAGUGUUAGGUUGAAGUCAUUCAAUUUGGUGAACACAUCAGUAAGUAACUCUGCGUCCUCAAACACUGCAGCAAAAGAAUAGGAGUGCUCUUCUACUCCUCAGUGUGACGUUCAGACAGUAUCAGUAGUGUUUUUCCACAGGACAGACAAGGGUAGUCAGUAUGAAACAGCAGCUGCUCUGACUCACUGUCAUGACAAAGAUUUUUAAACAGUCUGUGAUUCAAUGGCCUGGACUGAAUUGAAUGAAUUACCUUAACUGCAUCAUCCAUAACAGCACUCAACAUUCUGCUGCCUCAUGGUGAAUAAUACAGUGGAUCCUUCUUAUGUCAGGGUUUCCUUUAUUCACUCGCCCGAGCAGCCCAGGCACUCUGCCGUCACUGCUGCUGCACCAUCUGUAAGAAUGUAACCACAGGAUUUCCACUCCAGAUCGUCGUCUUUGCAAAAGCUGAAUAUAACCUGAAAAAUGUCCUUGUCAGUUGUUUCUCCUCGAAGCUGCUUGCAAAAGCAGAAAUGCUCAUUUAUAUCCAACACGUCUUUAUAAUGCACAGAGGUCAAGAGCUGAGCUGAUCUUUCAUUUCAUCCAACUGCAACGCAAAUUGAGCUCCAACUUGCCCAACAAUAGUAAGGAACAUAUCACUGAUCUGGCAGGAAACUGAGUGUCAUGUUUCUUGUCGAUCAUAGUUUCAGCUGAAUCUGUGGCUGCAGGAAGAACCAGAUCUUUGACUACAGAAUGUGACAUUUUUGAAUUAGUGGCACAGUGUAAGACGCCUGUAGUGCUUUGCUUGACACACUUGUUGCUCUCUUCAGUAUAAUCUGACUCGACUUGAAUUCUGACAGUUUUCAGUUGAAAAAGUCCUCAGUUUUACCAUCACUUCUUGAGUGUUUGGUGCUUUGGUGCAACCUGAAUCUGAAGCGACAGCAACUGGAUAAACUCUUCACAAACUACUAAAAAGUUGACAUCUGCCAGGGGGAAACUAUUUCCUAUUUAUGAAAUGACUUGGAAUAUAUUCUUAUUAUUUUGGAAAUUAAUUGUAAUCGCCAAUCUUUCCAUGUAUCCCCUGCAAGCUUCGUAAGUAUCCCUAGGUACACAAACCCCCGGUUGGGAACCACUGAUCUACAUAACCACAGCAGGAUUUCUCUCUGUCCACCAACACUAUUCAUGAGGAAAUCUGUCAAUCACUGCAGAUCUACAUGUGCCAUCAAUGUUUUAUCAUUGUAUAUUUGAAGCCACUGAAAUUUGGGGACCAGAAAAUAUUUGGGAAUAAAAAGUAUUUUGAUGUAGACAAAGCACUAACUGUUCAAUACAGAGCUCUAUAGUUAAUUGUCAAUGAGUGAUGUAAAGGACCAGGACAUACCAGUGUCUUGCAUGUUUACUAUAAACCAUUUGCCAAAGCAGUCAAUGAGCAGUAUAUCAUUUUGAAUGUCUUGUUGCCAUCUUCCAGGCAGCCAUUAGUUUUUUUCAUUACAUGGUGGAAUGAAAAUCAAUUUGUAGAGACUUGAAAUCCUCUCAAGUAUGAUAUUCAUGUGAUCAUUAUGGUUUUUUUUUAUUAUUGUCAGAAUCAUAAUAUUUCAUGGCAAUGCUGAGCAGAUUUUUCAAACCAAUCUACCAUCACAAAUGAAAGUUAAAGGGGCCAUUUGGAAGUUUUCUCUGCUCUAAACGUGGUGGUGAUUGUUGCUUGACGAGAGCUUCAGCCAUCAUUGUGUUUACAAGACAAGAGGUUAUAUUACGCCCUCUGGGCAGCUAACUUCUUAAGGGCAGACUAGACGCUACAGUGACUCGGUAUUGGAAAGUGAAAAGGUGGUCCAACCAGACUGUGGCUAGCUGCUUAGCAUGCUAACUUCAAUAGAAGAAAAGCAGUUAAUAUUGGCAUUGCUUUCCACCUCUGGAGACAGUAAACAAACAGCUGUUAAUUCUAACAUUGGCUAUGUACCAAUAGCAUAACACACAAAUAGCUCCUUUAAUUCUUAUGCUGUGUGGUAAUGAAUGGAAACCAGUGGGGGCAUCAAAAGAAUAGUUCAGCCUUCCGGGGCUUGCACGUAUUUGCUUUCUUUCCAAGGCACAUGAGAAGAUUGACUUCAAUCUGAUGUUUGUAUGGAGUCAGGAUAUGGUUAGCUUCAUUUAGCAUAUUUAACAUUUAUCGUGUUUGUUUAAUCUGUAUACACAAAGAAAUGUAAACGGACAAUAUGUAGUUUUAGGGGAGUGAUGUUUUAUCCGUUCAUCGAGCAGCAUCUCUGACUACAUAGAAGAUGUUGAAUUAUUUCUUUGAAAAAUCUGAAACAAAAGAUUUGUAAAAUGGUCAAAAGUAAUGUAAAGUAUUUGUAGGUAUGUAGUAAAUAGAUACAGCACACAUGAACACCGACGUGUUUUUAGCUGUGAUCAGCUGAUUGUGUUUCUAACCCUUUAAUUUGGCUUGUCUCAACACAAAUGAAUGUCUUCAUGAUUAAUAUAAGCUGUUUACUACACCACAUCAUUUUUUAGUAGUAUUCACUGUGUCACUGAGCCUGCGAGAGACAAUUCAGUGCGGCCUUUAACCAGUAUAGACUGCUCAUAAUGAAGUAUGUAAAGGUGCCAAAAGCCAACAUUAUGUGCCAUAUUUUAACCUUUCACUGUUUUCAUGCACUGAAAAAAUGGACAGGUAAUAGUUAAAGGACAUGAUACUCAUUGUUAUUGUUUACAUUUCUCAUACAAAUGCAAUAAUGUGCAUGUGUCACUAUGAAAUAUCAACAACUGGAGCUGGAGAGAUGAAACAAUAACUGCAGAAGUUUGACAGACAGAGUUUCUGAGCUCUAGAAGAAACGACUUGUUUCAUUGUUUUUUCGGCCGUUCGCAAAUCCGCUUAGAGGUGGGGCAACGUUUUUAUGAGUGAGUAUGGUGGCCCGUACUCACUCAGAUUCAAACAGACAAAACACCACACAUGCAGACAGACAAAAAUACAAACAAUUUGAAAACAUGUGCUGCAAAUACUCAACACAAUGGAAGCGUUUCCAGGGGACACUAAAAGUGAUGAACCUGGCUGGGACACACAAAUGCGCAUGGCUGUAUUAAAAGUAAAAAGUUAUUUUUAGGGCACUUUUUGCCUUUAUUCCGAUAGAGACAGUGAGAGAGACACAAGUUGCAGUGCGUUGAGCUCUCAGGGCCACCGUAAGUGAGCCACCAUUCAGCUUGCAACAUGGUGCAGCUCACAUCCUGCUGUUGGUGUCACGCAGCCGCGCUGAUUGACAGUUUGUGGCAGUAAAGUGUCGACAAACAGGGAACAAAGGCAGUGGGGAAGAGGCAAACAUGAAUAUAAACAGUAUAAGACUUAAUGUAUUAAAAGUCAGCUUUGCAAAUGUAUAAUGGCCAAGGAAAUACAUUCAGUGUGUUGUUUAGACCUCAGAUACACACAGUGUGUAAAUAUAACUUCUUGUGUUGAAAAUAUCCACAGGGUGUCUUUAAGUCGAGCUGUUAAUUCACUGUUUCGUAGCCUAUUAAAAACACUGAAAUCAGACUUUACAGAUAUGUUAAUUAGAAUCAUUUCAAAAUAGUUUUAGAAAAAUAGAAAAUAUGUAUUAAACUUUGUUCUUUAGAGAAAAAAAAAGCACCUACUUACUGUCAGUAACCCACUUACUUAAAACGGGGAAACUCAGUUCAUCCUUCAGCGUCAUUGUGAACCUGAGCGAACAGCGUUAUUCUGCCACUGUUGUAAACUAGUGUCACUUACACUGAGUUAACCUAAAUAUUUAACUUGAAUAUUUUUUCACCCCUGGUGUGACCUAGCUAAACCAAACACACCAAAAACUUCCUCCACAUGCGUCACAGUGAGGACUGAGCUGCUGUAGUCAACAUUUUAUUAUCUAACAAAUGAAACUAGUUUCGUUCAACCAGUGAUUCUUUUCAUUGUUUACUUUCACAGGUUUUGUGUAUUUGCAUACGAGGUAUGAACAAGUAUUAUUUAAGCAGUCCAGCUCUGAUUUUGUCCAUUGUUGCCACUGUAAGUGAGCUUUUUUAUAUUGACACUUUUAUUUUGACACAGUAUUUGUGAUGUCAUACAUUGUAAAUGUUGUACAGAAUCUAGUUACUAUUUAUGUGCAAGUCAUCCGGCUUAUUAUGAAGUCUCUUUGAGAGAUCUGACACAAAACAACAAACUAUGUGCUGUAGAUUAUAAUAAUCACAAUAUAUAGUGCACUUAAAGUGUCAUGUUCAAAGUAUUUACCUGGAAUAAUGUUAUUAAACAUGAUGGAAAAAUAAUAGUCUGUCACUACUCACGUGUUCACUUUCUUUUACUCGUGUACCGCACAUGGAACUAUAGGUGACGAUGUUGUACAAACUAGAUGUGUAAAUAAAACUCAUUCGCUUUGGCAUGA